GCAAACUUCUGUGCGCCCACAACAAAGCAAAAACCAUUGCUGAGGAGGUUAAUGCUUACUAAGGUGAGAGUAUAAAUGCAAGUGGAGGUCCAGCAGGAAGGUAGAUCUGGCAGCAGAGCACCAUUCUUUCACGACUGACCUCGACCACAUCCAACAAGUUCGUCUCCAACAUUGUGCCUUUCCCUGCUCUCUGGUCUUCUCAUCAUACGCCUCAGCGCUUCUUAUCCCUCGUCUGACUCUGGUCGUCACAUCACAGCCCAUUAAGAUCACACGGCAGCAAACACCAAAAUGCACUUCGCCUCUUCAACCCUUCUCCUCUUCGGCAUCCUCCUGACCGUCACCAACGCCCUACCAGCACUGCUACCAGCACUGCUACCAGUAUCCCUCCCUUCCACCUUCAUCUUUCGCUCAGGAAUCAGUCCACGAACCCAGUCUUUCAUACCCAGACAAGCCGGCUGCAACAUAGCACAAUGUGAUCAAUGCCGAAAAGACGCCAAUUGUGCUGCUGGUACACCUGCUUGGUAAGCUGUUACCCAACAACACCCGUGAUGAUUUGCUUGGAACUGAUGGGACUCUGGCAGUUUUGUAUGCGAUACUUCUCCAUCUUGCGAGUGUGGUGUUUGAGGCUAAAUGUCUUGGUCUAAGAGGGCGAAGGGUGGAGGACAUGGUGCGGGGUUGAUGCGACAUUUGUGCAUCUCCUUGUCUGCAUCUCAUGGGCUCUGAUAUGCAACUGAAGUGAAACACGUAACUUUGAAUAUUCUCACGUCAACGUUUUUCUUUUGCUCCUCGGUAUGUUGUCUUGAGGAUAUCACAUAGGUCCGGGAGUUUUAUAGGUCCAUCUUCCAAGAGUCGAGCUUCAGAUUCAGGAUUCUUAAUGUAUACAACGACACGAUCAUCUGAGCACACUGAUAUCUUAUUGGGUCC